UACACAGAAUAAUAUAUAUAUAAAAAACAUACAGAUAAAUACAGAUUAUUAUAUAGCUAGCAUGGCGCUAGCAAUGCCAAAGUCAUGGGUUCGAUCCCAGGGAUUGCGCAUACAAAUGCAUAGUAUAAUGCAAGUCGCUUUGGAUAAAAGCGACUGCCAAAUGCAUAAAAUGUAAAAAUGUAAGAUGGUUUAGUGGGUAUUUGGUCUUUCAGAAAGGUGCCACAGCAAAAACAGCUUCUGAUGUUAAUGUAUGAAAGACAUUAUGUUUUGACCACAUGUGAUGUAUAUUGUACACAGUAAGGGUGUAUUUAGAUUCUCACGCUUCCCUUUUACACACGUUUGUCUUGAGUUUGUGUUCUGCCCAGCGUAGGACAUCCAUCUGUGUGUGUAAGUGCUCUAAUGAUAGACUCAUAUCUGGAGGAUUGGUGAUGAGAGGAUUCCUUCACACUUCACGGAUCUCCUCUCCGGGACGUUCCUCCAGGCGUACGCUCACAAACACGAGGGAAGUCUGCUUCUCUCGUUCCUCUCUGCUCCACCAUCCACAAUAUUCCCAUAAGCCCGGGAGGGAAACGCAUGGUCGGGCCGGGCGUAGGCGUCUCCUCUGUCGUCACGACGCGCGCUGCGUGUUCGGCGGCCCGGAGUGCGGCGCGUUUCCUCCGAGACGCCGCGUACAGAUGGGAACUUCUGGACCGCGGCGGAUCAUGUCACGAAUUCACAGCUGAGUGAAACAGACGCGCGCACUUGAGCGUCUGCAGAGAGAACGAACAGAAGAACAGACGUUAUUGCUCAUUCCCGAUAACUCCAAAGUCAUUAUCUGUAGGAUUCAGUGCGAAUUACUGAGGAAAUAAUUGUUGUAUAACGUCAGUUGACCAGAACGAUCAAAAUCCAUCGUGCUCAUUCUAAAGGUCACAUGCUGUGUUGAAUUAACUGAACGUUGAUGAUAACAUGACGCGCCGCUGAUCUUGCAGAAGAACAGAAUUAUUUUUGCCUCGGAUUGGAGGAUCGUCUACAUUGUGUGCAUUGCAUUGUGGGAAACGGUUUUACAUGUAGCGUGUACAAUUUUCUACAUACUAUAUACAUGAAAUCAAACAUUUACUUAUAGACGUAUUUUCUUAUCGCUGUUAACGGUCCGCGUCACCACCAACAAGAGUACAAAUAAUUAAUUUGUGUACAUUCACCUCGUCGUUCCUGAUAUUUGCGCGCGCACAUCAUUCUGGAGAAAAUAUAAACGUGAGUUUAAGGUUUGUGUUAGACUUUAAACGGUGAUUUGCGAGUAUAUGGAGUGUGUUUCCCGGCGCGCCUGCACGGAAUGUGAGAUGAGAGUCAGAAAGUGAGAAGCGCUGGUGUUUGUCGAGGGAGCUGAAUUCAGUAGCGGCACAACUAGCAGGCCGACAAGAAGAGAGCGAGGACUCCCAUAAGCACCUGGUCGAGCUGAGCCGUGAAUUCAAGAAAAAUGUGCCAGAGGAGGUGUUGGAGAUGGUUUCUCCUGUUCUCAAAGGUUUCCAAGCUCAGGUGGUUGCGUUGAGCCAGCGCAGCAAGGAGGCGGAGUCUGCAUUCCUGGGAAUAUAUAAACAGCUGAUCGAGGCCCCAGAUCCGACUCCGCUGCUAGAAGCCACACAUUCACUGGAAGAACGCCUGGCAGAACUACAGCAUUCCGGUCCUGAUGGUGAUGCUCUGAUCUCACAGAUCUCGGCCCACCUGACAAGACCUCUGGACAGAGCAGAGCACACAGAGGACUCCGUUACCAUAGAGACAGGGGAGGCGUCCACACAGCGGCCUCGUAGGAUGACACCAAACAGCACGCAGGACGAUGACACAGCACUCAAAAACCAUCAUGAGCAGCAGGAGGGAGAGGAACAUGAAUCAGACGCUUCUGUGCCCAUCAGACUCGACCCGGCCGAGGAGCGGAUCAAAGCCCUUCAGUCAUCGCUGAACCUGGCCCGAUCUGAGCUGCAGGAGAUGAGGCGUAAAUAUGACAAGGAAAUUACGACAAAGGCGGAGGAGACGGGCGCGCUGAUGGCAGACCUGGAGAAGGCCAAGCAGAGAGCAGAUGUCGCCCAGAGGGCUGUGGAGAGACUGAGCGAGCAGCUCGCCGCCUCUCAGAGCACAUCUAAAGGGACCGGCCCGUCAGAAGACGGACCCAAGGAGGAGAGAGACGCGGAUGAGACGGACGAGCGCUCGCCGUCGCGGCUGAAAGCGGUGCUGUUCUCCAAGGACAGAGAGAUUCUUAGACUGCUCGAGAGCGUCCAGAGACUUCAGUUCACCUUACAGGAAGUCCGAGACUCAUCGGCCAAUCGGAUCGCGGAGCUGGAACGGCAACUGGCCUGUAAAUCAGAAGCUAUAGAGGCGCUGGAGGCGAAACUGCAGUCUCAGAUGGACUACGAAGAGAUUAAAACAGAACUCAGUAUUCUGAAAGCCAUGAAACUGGCAUCAGCCAAUGGAAACUCUUCCCAGGAAUCAAGCAAAACCGCCGAGGCUCUUCUGCUGGAUAAACACGCCUUUCUGUCCUCUCACAAAUAUCUUGACAAAGUCAGAGUGCUACACAACAGUGAUGAGCGUCAUUCUGAGGACUCCAGCAAGGACACGGGUCGCCCCGCGGGGUCAUAUUCAUCCCCUCCUGGAACACUGCCCACAGAUGGUCACGCUUCCUCCAGCCCGGGACCGCCCAACACCGACGCACCUUCCUCUGCCCAUGAACUGCCCCGCCCCUACUCGGUGUCGCCCUUCUCGUGUGAGAAACUUCCCGGAGAUCCACUUCUGCAGAAGCAGCUCCUGUCGCCCCUCUUCAAGAAAGACGGCACCUCCAUCAUGGCGUUUCCCACCGCGCUCUACGCCGCCAAAGCCGCCCUCAUGUCAGCCAAUCAGAACUCCUCUUCGUCUGUCGCUGCGGAGACGGGCAUGCCCAGCGACCAAUCAGAGAGCGGUAGCUCAGGUGGUUCAGAUGACGAUCAGUUAGACACGUCAGAAAUCGCUUUUCAGGUGAAAGAACAGCUGCUGAAGCACAACAUCGGGCAGCGUGUGUUCGGUCACUACGUACUGGGUCUGUCGCAGGGGUCGGUCAGUGAGAUCCUGGCCCGACCCAAACCCUGGAGGAAGCUCACGGUCAAGGGCAAAGAGCCUUUCAUUAAAAUGAAGCAGUUCCUGUCGGACGAACAGAACAUUCUGGCCUUGCGCACCAUUCAGGUUCGACAGAGAGGGAGCAUCACUCCUCGCAUCCGAACUCCUGAAACUGGGUCAGACGAUGCCAUCAAGAACAUUCUGGAACAGGCCAAGAAGGAGAUCCAGUCUCAGAGAGGUGAUUGUAAAUCGUCUCUGGGCUGUUCGUCGGGUCGUAACAGUUCUCGAGAGAGCAGCAGUUCAGACGAAACCAUUAAGAACAUUCUGGAACAGGCCCGGCGAGAGAUGCAGGCCCAGCAGCAGGCCCUGCUGGAGAUGGAGGUGUGCGGUCGGGCGUCCACCAGCGAGCGUCUCGGCCUGCAGGACCCCCCCAAGAGUCAGCCUCCCCCCACACCCCCCUUCAUCAAACAAGAGGAUGGCACCCCUGUGCCCGCGUGCCUGUCCAAUUCCACUAACGGCCCUCACGUGCCUCUCAGCGUCGUGUCGCCCGCCGCCUUCGUGCAGAACAUCAUCCGGAAGGUGAAGUCGGAGAUCGGAGAAGCCGGAUCGUACUUCGACCAGCACUGGUCUUCGGAGCGUAACUCGGUCGUGUUGGGCGCGGGCGGCACCUCUCGACCCUUCACCUCCGUCUCACCCUCUCUCUCCUCCUCCUCUUCGACGGGUCACUCGUCUGUGCCUCGGUCCUGGCUGCGGAUGGAGAACGGCGACUGCCCUGCCAAUGGCGAGGAGGCGUCCGCGCCGGAGGACGAGCCCGUGUCGGGGCGGCCGGUGGAGAUCAAGGUGGAGUCCGAUUCGUCCGUCAGCGGAGAUGCUCCGUGCGGUGCGGGACGGGUGUCGUACUACCCCACGUACAUCCCCCGAGCCCUGAAACCCACUGUACCCCCGCUGACCCCCGAGCAGUACGAGAUCUACAUGUACCGCGAGGUGGACACCCUCGAGCUGACCCGGCAGGUGAAGGAAAAACUGGCUAAGAAUGGAAUCUGCCAGAGGAUCUUUGGAGAGAAGGUGUUGGGUUUGUCUCAGGGCAGCGUGAGCGACAUGUUAUCCAGACCGAAGCCCUGGAGUAAACUCACUCAGAAGGGCCGCGAGCCGUUCAUACGAAUGCAGCUGUGGCUGGUGGAUCAGCUGGGUCAGGGACUCAUCACCCAGAUGUCCAACCCGAGCCAGGAUAAGAGCCCAGUGACGACCCGCUCGUCGCCAUCCCCUCCUCCGAGUCCCGAUGACAGACCCAACAUGAGUGUGGAGCCGGCUAGUCUCGCUCUGGAGAGCAGUAAAGAGAACCAGCAGCCUCAGCAUGUGGAACCUCACGGAGGUAAAGCCCCUCCGGGCAUGAUCGUCCCCCAUCAGCCUCACACGCCGCUGGGCAUACAGGAACUGGUGGCCAUGUCUCCAGAGCUGGACACAUACGCCAUCACCAAGAGAGUGAAAGAGGUUCUGACGGACAACAACUUAGGUCAUCGUCUGUUUGGAGAGAGCGUUCUGGGAUUGACCCAGGGCUCAGUAUCAGACCUGCUGUCCCGACCCAAACCCUGGCACAAACUCAGUCUGAAGGGCCGCGAGCCGUUCGUCCGCAUGCAGCUGUGGCUCAACGAUGCGCAUAACGUCGAGAAGCUGCGCGAUGUCAAGAAAAUGGAGAAGAAAGCCUAUCUGAAGCGGCGUUACGGUCUGUUGAGUCCGGGCUCAGACAGCGAUUCCCCUGGCGCCCAUUCAGACUGCAUCAGUCCGGGUCUGACCCAGCUGGACAUCUGUCCGUUCAGUCAAGCGAAGAAGCCCAGAGUGGUGCUGGCCGCCGAGGAGAAGGAGGCUCUGAGGAGAGCGUAUCUCCAGGAGCCUUAUCCAUCACAACACACCAUUGAGAUGCUGGCUGCCCAACUCAACCUCAAAACCAACACCGUCAUCAACUGGUUCCACAACUACAGCUUUCCGCUUUUCGGCUGCUUUUCUCCGGGCUCCCGCAGCCACUCACGGCAACGAGACAGGUCUCGUAUGAGACGGGAAGUUCUGAUGGAGGGUCUCCAUGACAAUGACACUGAUGCCGAGCACAACAACUGCUCCCCUCUGGCGUCCCACAGCCCCGGCUCUGAUCGUGAAGACAGGAGGUCCUCUGCCGGCCGUAGCCGUCCUCUCAGCGCUGACCCCCGACGCUUCACGGUCAAACAGGAGGUACAUGAGCAGGAUGAUGAUGAGGACUUCAGGUCGAGACAGGCGAAAUUCUUCUCCGGCGUCCAGUUCACUCAGCUGAAAAGUGACCCGGAUCUGACCUCACGCCGUCCACAGGGCGUCAGGGACGAGGAAGCGGGCCGCAGUCAGUGUGUGUCAGCCGAGGGCUCGCAGAGGAACAGCUCGCACGAAGUGGAGGAGCUGGAGAAGUCGCCCGAGGACCCCGUUAGCUUCAAGGCUUCGUCGGAGCCGUCCCGCAGCAGUCUGGAGGUUUCACUCAACUCGCCUUCAGCCGCGUCUUCCCCCGGCCUCAUGAUGUCCGUUUCACCCGUCCCGUCAUCUUCCGCCCCCAUUUCUCCGUCGCCACCCAACCCGCCCGCCGCCGGCACCAACCCCGGCCAUCAUCCGCCCAACUACGGCCUGGAGUCACCGUCUCUCAACUCCAAACUCAACAGAAGCACUCAGAGGCGCAACGAGAAGAUGGCCAACCUCAAUAACAUCAUCCAUCGGCUGGAGCGAGCCGCCAACAGGGAGGAGACGCUCGAGUGGGAGUUUUAGAGAUGUACGAGCACCCUUCACGGGCAUCUGCUUUCAUCACGAUGAUCGGCACAGAAACACUAUUGUGGCCCUGUGACGAAAAACGUCGCGGGAAUUUUAGGAAAAAAGCAGGCGACAAAUAUUUAUAAACAUGUUUUAGGUAUUUUGAUAAAAGAACUUUGUGACAGCACUAUCUGGGUUUGGUUUUAAACAGCGAAGGAGAGAAGAAUUCUCGCACGUGAAGACUUUGCAGUGUCAUGAAAUGCGCACUGACGUCUGGUAGAUUGCCACUGGGUGAGAUUAUUGAAUUAAAAGACCUCGUCUUAAGCCAUCAAAAGCACUACUUAUUAAAGGAAAAACAGAGACAAUGACCAAAUUUGCUAAUUUUUAAAUAGCAGUUUUUCAACUUUUGUCUGUAAGACGGGACAGCGAAGUCAUGUGAUGUGCGACAGCUUCAUAUUGACCGAGGGAUAGUCCUAAAAGACUCUAAAUAGUGAACAUUGCAUAUGUAUUUAGUUUCUCGGUGACAUGUUUUGGAACUUUUGUUAUACAAGCGUACAACGUGUGAUUGUGUGUGUCGUAGGAAAAAAAACGUCUGCAAUAGCCUCCUCUGAACAAGAUGUAGCAUGGAUCAUAAUUUACCCUCGAUUUUCCUCUUUAGCUAGUAACCUGUGAUAUACUUGAGCGAUACUAUAAAAAAAGAGAAAAAUACAGCAAAAAACAAGAAAAAAGAAAGUGUAAAAAGUCCAACGGUAGAAAUGUUGUUUUUUAUCCUUUAUUUAGCAAACGUGUCAUUUUUGGUUGGAGACCUGAUCCCGGAGAGCUGCUGUCUCUCUCUCUCACACACACACACACACACACACACGGGCCGGUGUGUUUUCUGUAACCUGUAGCUCCUGAUACACCAGUCAAUGCUUUUCUACCCGAACGUUUGAAUACAAAAGCUAAUGUGUAUGUUGGGAACAAGCCUCAAAGACCGCUGAUGGAGAGACGGGUGGGGAUUGAUAGCAUGUGUUUUGAUUAUUUUGGUCGCAGGUGGCGAGAGAAGUUUGGGAAAAACAUGAGAUUGAAACACACUGGUUUAUAUGACAGAUCUCAUGGGCAUCUGAUAGACUAUAGUAAAGAUGUGACACGAGUGUCUUUACGUUCAUCUGCAACAGCGUAACGUCCAGGUCUGUUUAUGAAUCAAAAUACAUGUUAGCAGGGAGAUGAAAAUGCACUUAAUAUAUAAUGAAUUUGUUUUAACUGUGCUUCAUUUCAUUUAUUUACAUCCCAUGAGCACAUGUAAUAAUUUGAAUACUUGUUAACAGGUGCUCUUUCUACUUUAGGAGAUUCACUGUAAUGUCUCAUUAAAAUGGAAACACUUUACAAUAAGGUGCUAUUAGUUAACAUUGAACGAUUUAGUUUUUCAGCAUUAAUUAAUGCUCGUUAAUGUUAGUUCGUGUCAAUACAGUUAUUCAUGUUAGCUCAUGGUGCUUUAACUCAUUUUAACAGUGACAACAUUUAAAUAAAGUAUUAGUAAACGCUAAAAUUAACAUGAAUUAAUAUUAAUAAAUGCUGUAGAAGUAUUGUUCAUUUUUAAUGCAUAAACUAAUUGUUAACCAAUAGCACCUUAUUGUCAAGUGUUACCAUUAAAAUUUUUGAUGAACAUUGUACACCAUACAUAACCUUGCCUGUCAAUCAUUUUAUGCACGGUUUGUUGAUACUGGGUUGGUUGACGAGUGGAGGACAAAAUAAGUUUAAAUGGCCAAAAUAAACGUACAGCACUUUCCUCACUGUGCAUUAAUGUAAUAAACCUCCGUACCUUCAAAUGUGUGACACUAAAUCAAAUUUAGAGGUAUUCGGGUCACUUUAAACAUGUUGACAGUUUAUUUUAAUGUUCUUGCCCAGCAAGAUUCACUUCAAACUGUUGAUGACAGAAACAUGAAGCGUUUGUGUUCAUGGAUGUGUGUAUGUAUGAAACAGGCCCAACACUAAACAGAAAUACACAAAACGUUCUGAACACAAUGACCAAAACACAACAAAAUUUGUCCAGAAUAAAACACAGCGUUUUGAAACCUACAAACUGUUUAAAAAGCAUCUAAAGCCGCAAAAAGAAUUCUCAUGUAAUGUUUGAUCAGUGUAGUUGUACUACUGGUGGUACAUCAAGUGUUUUUAUUUAUUAUUGAUUUUUUUUAUUGAUUAUUUAUUUCAACACUUACAUGUUUUCCUACUGUGUCAUGUUUUAUACUCACAAAUCGAAGGGACGGCAUCCAUUCUGACUACUCCGCAGGUCUUCGUGUCUCGUCGGGGUUGUAAGAAAACACUUGCACACGUGGUAACUACCGGAUCUCAAACACAUACUGUAUGUAUAUAGAUAUAUAUAUAUAUAAAUAUUACACAUUUACUGAGAAGGAUAUAUCUUAGGUCCUUGAAACUAGCGUGCUGAUGAUAUUUAAAUAAGAGUGUACAGUUCUAUUAACCAAACACAUAGAGCCAGGGGUGGUCUGGCAAGCUUGCCCAUGUUCUAGAAACUUCUCUCAGGGUAGACUUGCUUCUCUAAGCUUUACAAAACCUGUCAGGUCGUACCGCUGGUCAACGUUUACUGUUCCUAACCGCCAUCUGCUUCCAUUUCUUUCAGCGACGUUCUCAACGAAGUGCAAAUCUAGCGGUGCAUUUCCUUUGACUGACGAUGAUGUGAUUUAUAUGUAUUGAAAUAGCGUGGAGGCCAUGUACUAUGAUACAUACUCAUAUUAUGAUUACAUAACGGGCAACCAGCCGCCGACCAAGUACGUUCUGCAUCAAAGGUCCAGAAAAUCAGCUCAAUGUCAAAAUCGUUCGUGUGACAAAUAUGAAAACAGAUUUUAUGACCGUUCGAAACUAUUUUCAUUAUUUGCUGGACUCCUUUUCUUACCUGUUACAGUUGAAUUUUGCAUGCUUAUUUUUCCUUUUUAAAGACUGUGGAUGUUGUUUGUUUAUUGUAGUUUUGUUUCAGCGCUGGAACGUUCACAUCCUGCGGGUCAUAAUAGAAAAUGCCGUAUUACGUGAGUUAUGGGUCACAAAAGGUCUUUUCCCAUAUCAUUGAAUUAAAGGUCAUAAAUGAUUCAGCCAAAACAAGAUUAUACUUAAAUAUCUCUGGUGCUUUAAAUAUGAAUAUCCUAGAGCCCUCAGAAACACUGGUUUUACAUUUGUUUAAAUAUUAGAAAUUCAACGUUUCAAUGAACUGUCAGACUUGAGGUUCUGACGUGAAAGUCAGAUCUGCUUAAAAUGAUGUGUGUGUGUGAAGUUUGUAUGUGAACGAGACUCUGUAGUGUGUAUGAAAUUCAAAGCAAAAGGCAAAAUUCUACUUGUUGCUCUUUUGCACUGAAAUACUGGUAGUAAAUGCACACUGUCAAAGGGUUUUUCUCUUUCCAGUUUCUUGUUAUGUUCUGGUAUGUUUGCGCACAUUACCCAUGACCUUACCAUGGCAGAGCACUUAAAGCUUUGGUUGUUAAAGAGAGGACAAAUAAAUGUCUAAUGUCACGUGUCUUUUAAUCACAUAUGUACCAAGUCAUUAUUGAAUACAGUACAUAAUUGUAUAAACCUCUUGUGUGUGUGUGUGUGUGUUUUAUUAUACUUCAGAAUCUUACUAAGUGGUCUUUUUCUUAGUUCCCGG